AUGCGGAAGGGGCUCCUCUCUCUCCUCCUCCUCCUUGUCAGCCUCUUGGGCUCUCUCGCCCUGGAAGAUCUGGAAAGGAAGGCCUUCGUUUUCCCGGUGGCCUCAAACACUGCACAUGUAGUCUUGAAGGCCAAAAUACAACAUCCCUUGACCAGCGUCACACUGUGCUUGAGGCUCUACACAGACCUGACCCGUGAACACAGCCUCUUCUCUUACGCCUCCAAGAGACACAGCAAUGAGCUUCUCCUCGUAGCACAGAAACCCAAUCAAUACAAGUUUCAUUUGGGGAGUGAAGAAUUGAUCUUCAAAGUUCCAGAAACAUUGAGCACUAACCAUUUUGGGAAGCAUGUCUGUGUGAGUUGGGAGUCUUCCACGGGCUUAGUGGAGCUCUGGGUGAACGGGCAACCUCUGGUCCGGAAGAGCUUGGCAAAAGGACACUCUAUCCAACCAGAGGCAUCCAUUGUCCUCGGCCAAGAUCAGGAUAACUUUGGAGGUGGCUUUGACAUCAACCAGUCCUUCAUGGGGGAGAUCUCCGAUGUAUACAUGUGGGACCGUGUUCUGGACCCAGAUGAGGUAGUCCUUGCCUGGUACGACCAAGCUCUUCCUGACUACCUGAUUAACUGGAGAUUGUUGAAUUACACCAUCAAGGGCUAUGCCGUUGUGAAGCCUGCCUUGCUUUCUGUCCACACUGCUGGCUAG